GUCAUAUUUUGUGGCCGCGGAGACGAGCGCAUUUGUUUUCGUUCCCUUGUUUCAAAGAUUUCCCGGUGACCCGUUCCGCAGUCCGAAAAGCAUCCAUCUCAGGUUAAAAUGCCCCCAAAAAAGGACGCAAAAGGUGGCUCCAAGCAGGCAUCCGGAGGCAAAGGAGGCGGUUCCGGUGGCAAAAAGGGUGGCGCCGGCGAAGCCAAGGAGAAGAAGGGCACCAACACGGCGAUUAAGGUGCGCCACAUUCUGUGCGAAAAGCAGAGCAAGAUCCUGGAGGCGAUGGAGAAGCUGAAGGAGGGUCAGCCGUUCAACGUGGUGGCCACGACGUACAGCGAGGACAAAGCUACCAAGGGGGGCGAUCUGGGUUGGCAGCCGCGCGGAGCGAUGGUGGGACCGUUCCAGGAUGCGGCGUUUGAGCUGCCGAUUUCGACGAUCGGUACGCCCCGAUAUACGGAUCCACCGAUAAAGACUAAAUUUGGCUAUCACAUUAUUAUGGUUGAAGGAAAGAAAUAAACGACUCUUUUUUGUAUGUUGUGUUCUUAAAAGU